GCCGGUAUGGGGAGGUACACGGAGAGCAAGUUGAUCUGUUUUUCAAUGGUUAUAGAGCUGAAAGGCCCUUGAAGAGCUUGGAGUGCUGGGCGUCAUUGGCAAUCACGGGCGAUAACGAUUCCGAUAAGCUCUAUGGCCAUGAUCAUGAACGUUGUACUCGAAGAAGAUCAGUGCAACAACCAUCGACAUGUCCUGGACUGAGAAGGCAAUCGAGCAACUGGGUCUUAUCCCUCACCCUGAAGGAGGUUACUUCAAAGAAACCGACCGAGCAACGAGCACCAUCUCAGCCCCCGCCUCAUACUCCCAAUCCCCACCGACCCGAAACUUAACAACAACAAUCUUCUACCUCCUCGACUCCCGCUCCCCCAAGGGGCACUUCCAUACCAACAAAUCCCCCACCACCCACUUCCACCACCGCGGUCGUGGGAUCUACGUCCUCAUCCCUAAAGACGGGAGUAGAGACGUGAUUGAGUAUGAGGUGGGCCAGGAGAGUGGGCGGUUGCAGUGGAUUGUUACCGGGGAGUAUUGGAAGGCGAGUUAUUUGCCGGAGGGGGAGGAGGGGUGCUUGAUUAGUGAGGUUGUUGCGCCGGGUUUCGAAUUUGAUGAUCAUGAGUUCAUGAGUAAGGAGGAGUUGGUGAGGCUUGUUGGGGAGGAGAAGGCGAAGAAGUAUGAGUGGUUGUUGAGGAAGGAGGAGCAGAAGGAGUAGGAAAAGAACAACAACAACCAAGUAGAUCCGGCUAUUCACCAAAAGUGAUACAUCCAGGAGGCGAUUGCUCGUCUCGGGAGUUGGUAGUCAUAGCGAAAAAGACAGUAAAUUCGACGGCGCCGAGGCAGCGCAGAUCAAACGCAAUCAAAUCAGAUCAUCCCAUCA